UGCGUGUGAUUUGCAUUGUCAUCUCUAGCUUUGCGUUGGGUUAUAGAAUUCAGUCGCGAAAUGAGUUCUUCCGGAUUCCUGAGCGACUUCCACAUUCCGCACCUCGCUAGGUGCCCAGGAGUGAUCCCGAGUGUUCCCAUGGGCAGAACCCGGAACGAAUCUCCGCCAGCGCCGGAAGUCGUGACCGGAAACCGCCUCAUUGCACCUGGUAAACAAGCGGGCAACUUGGAUCCCGGUCCCCGGUCCAUGAGACCCUUGAAACGGAAGGCUGAGCAGAUGGAGGUGGACUCGAAGCUGAUCAACAAGCUGGCCUUGUUUCCCGGACGGGACGAGAGCUAUCCGGAGGAGCUGAACCGGCUGAUUGGGCCGCUGAACUGCGAGCUGUGCAAGGUGCAUGUGACCUCGAGGAAGUGCGCCCGAGAUCACUACGAGUCCAAGGCCCACGACCGCCACAUCAGCGCCUGGCUGGCGAAGAACUACACAGAGGCUGGUCUGCAGGCGCCUCCAGUCAAGCGGCUGGCCAAGCAGGGACCCACCGGCCCCAGUGCCUUCCACUGCGACCUGUGCGACCUGGACCUCACCUCCUCCAUGCAUGCCCGCCAGCACUACCUGGGCCGCAAGCACAAGCUGGUGGAGCAGCGCGUCUCGAAGCCCUCGGGAGCCGGGCACUACGACUCCGCCGGAAAGUGGGUGCGAACAGGCAGCAAGCUCGAGGGCGAAGGAGUGAACCCUUCUGAUGGACGCCAUGGCAUAGGGACCCUGUUCCUCAAAGCGGAGGCCUUGGGACAGGAUGUCCCCAUGGAGGAAGUGCCUCAGGAGAGCCCGAUUAAGGCGGAGGACAAGGAGCGCACCUGCAGCCUGUGCAAAAUAGUGGUCACUUCUGCGCCCCAAAUGCAGAUCCACUUGGCAGGGGCCAGGCACCAGAAGAACAUGCGCACCGCUGGACAGGAUCUGUCUGGCGGUGUAAGCCUUCCGGAGGCGCCACCGCCAUCCGAAAAACUGGAUGCCGCGGAACUGGCCAUGUACCGUACUCCGAUUGGCCAGUACUACUGCAAGCCCUGCAACAUGAUGAUGAAUCAUGCGACCACCUUGCAGCAGCACCUAAUUGGAAAGAAACACCUGAAGUCGGUGAAAGCCCUUUCCCAAACCGAAAAGACCGUCUAGAUUGUAAUGACAGCAAUACCAGACGGUUGUACUUAUAAUCAAUUUGUAGUAUCAUGACUCUACGAUUAUCGUCAAAUAAUUAUUAUGUAGCCAAUGGAAAAUGUGAAAUCCCUUUAUUGCAUUUUCAAAACCCCAGUUCUGUUAUUUAAGAAUUUACUCUAUAAUGACAAAAGCGUGUUCCACAAAGUGGAACUCAUAUAAUUAAUUUAUAAAAGUUGCAUUGAUUUCUGAUUUGCAAUGUAAUAAACCUAAGAUACCUCUA